GUGCUGGGGCAAGAGGUCGCUGAACCAGGUACAUGUGGAAACGACACGAGGUUACUGGAAGCAAACAGCAGAGAUAAAGGUUGUGCUGGCACCCCUGACACUAAAACCAACUUGGGUUCCAGGGCUCGGCUCUCGGAUGAGGACCUUGCGACAGAAGAAAGGCAACCCCGGCACCGAAUUCUGAUCUGA